UUUUACAGUCGUCUCUUGUCUCAAGCAGCGCUCGCCGGACGCACGCUCCAUUCAUCCCUGCGUCUUUUUUUUGCCGAUGUGCGCGACUGGCGGUGCGUCUUUGUAGUCGUUCUCAGACAGGCAUGUCAGGCUCAACUUCCCCGCCUCCCGCGGCCGAGGCUGGAGGACCCGAAGGAUGUUUCCCCCCCGGAUACAAGCCUUUCAAACCCGAGGACCACGGCCUGGAGCGCGGGUUCCGUCUCACGGCAUUUUCGGACCUGAAAGGAUGAGGCUGCAAGGUCCCGCAGGAGGCUCUGCUCAAACUCCUGGCGGGACUGGAGACGGACCGGGCCGACGGGACAGGGAAGGCCGAUGACCAAGCACUGGAGUUCGGCCAACAGUUGCCCGGCCCCCGCCUCGGGGUAGGGAUGGACUGCUGUGUGAUUCCCCUGAGGCAUGGAGGGCUCUCCCUGGUCCAGACCACAGACUUCUUCUACCCUCUGGUGGAGGAUCCUUACAUGAUGGGUAGGAUAGCGUGUGCCAACGUCCUCAGUGAUCUCUACGCUAUGGGCAUCACGGAGUGCGACAACAUGCUGAUGCUACUGAGCGUCAGCCAGAAGAUGAAUGACAAGGACCGUGAGCGGGUGAUGCCGUUGAUCAUUCAAGGGUUUCGCGACGCGGCAGAGGAAGGAGGGACGUCUGUGACGGGUGGCCAGACGGUGAUCAACCCCUGGAUCAUCGUAGGAGGAGUAGCUUCAGUUGUCUGCCAGCCCAAUGAGUUCAUCAUGCCGGAUGGCGCUGUUCCAGGGGACGUCUUGGUUCUGACUAAACCUCUGGGGACGCAGGUGGCUGUGAAUGCUCAUCAAUGGCUUGAUCAGACUGAAAGGUGGAACAAGAUCAAGCUAGUCGUCACCAAAGAGGAAGUAAAAGAGGCCUACCAGGAAGCCAUGUUCUCCAUGGCAACGCUAAACCGCACAGCGGCAGGCUUAAUGCACAAGUUCCAGGCUCACGCCGCAACAGACGUGACUGGUUUUGGGUUGUUGGGACACGCCAACAACCUGGCAGCACAGCAACGAAACGAGGUGGCCUUCGUCAUCCACAACCUACCAAUCAUAGCCAAGAUGGCCGCCAUCAGUAAAGCCUGUGGGAACGCGUUCAGCCUGCUGCAGGGCAAGUCAGCAGAGACGUCUGGUGGGCUGCUGAUGUGUCUGCCCAGAGAGCAGGCAGCCAAAUUUUGCUCGGAGAUGAAGAGCCAGGGCUCCGGAGCUGGAGGCCAGGGGGCGGCGGGCGGAGCGUGGAUUAUCGGAAUCGUAGAAAAAGGCGACCGCCGCGCUCGAAUCAUUGACAAGCCACGUAUCAUCGAGGUUCCACCGCGAGGAACCCAGGCAGCGAAUCAGGACAACAACUCCGCCAGCCCUGCUCCUAGCCCCAAAUUGUCAUAGACACUGUUGCCCCUCUGACACUGGUCGCGUGUGUGUGUGUGUGUGUGUGUGUGUGUGUGUGUGUGUGUGUGUGGGGCUGUGGGUGGGUGUGGUGUAGAGUGGGUAGUGAAGUGUGUGUGUGUGCGCAGGUGUGCAUGUGUAGAGUGUGUGGUGCUGUCCAUCUACUCUCCCUUUUCAGUCAAAAUGCUGAGAGCACACAGAUGAAUGUCAUCUUUUCCAGCGGGAGGGGGGGUGGACAGCAUCCACUUUUAUUUAUCCAUCUCUGGAAAGAGCUGCUGAAAGGAGGCCUACCUUUCACCAUCUUGGAAUUAAAUGUAAAUUCAGGGUAAGGCGAGUGUAUUUAUAUAGCACAUUUUACUAACAAGGCAAUUCAAAGAGCUGUAUGUAAAAACACCAAAACAAUGAGACAAAGUCCAAAAGAAGUGCACUACAAAAGUAAACCAGUUCUAGAGUGUAGAAAAUAAAGGCAAGCUAAAAUAGAACAAAAUGUAUGUUGUGCAAAAGAACUAAACCCUGCUUCUUCAUGCUUAGUUUGGACACAGGAGACAAAAAGCAGACCUGUCCCAGACGGUCACAAUGUAGCUGAAGAUGAAGAUCAGGAAUGCCAUUCAGUGCUUUAUAAACCAACAGUGGUAUAUUGCCAUCAAUUCUUUGACUGUAAGUACUAUACUGUACUUCCCUGAUUAUUCCUAAUUAGAUCUGCAUUCCCUGCCUUUCCUUUUUGCCUUUUGCCAUAUAGACAAUUGAUUUAUAUAAUUUAUCUGAAUGUAAAAAGGACUUUCAAUUCUAAAGAGAAAACAUUCCAAUUCUUGACAGUAAGUAAGGAAAAUUGAGUGUAAAUGUGCGUGUGUUUGAGGAUUUUAUCAUUCGGCUGGGGUGCUUUGCUGUGUGGAAGUGGAAUGGGGUUUUUUGGUGUUUUUUCCGUUUGGAAGUGGAUGAUGUCGAUGUUGGUGAAUGUAUCAUGUGGAAACGGUUUUUCGGUCCUGGCACCUGGCUCUGCCCAUGCGGCUCAGAGGAAGGCUUGAGCAGCUUCCUUUGGACCAGCUGGGUGGGGUCCAGAAUGUCUGUCUGUCAGCUGAUUGGCUGUCCAGCAACAAGUCCCUCCCACCUUUCCUUUUAAUGAAGCUCUGCCUUUAAACCCCAGGCAACGGGGGCAGGUGGAGUGGAUGUUUGUCUUUGGAUUGGGGUCGGACUAAGACUGCUGGAGGCCUGAAGCUGUCUGUGUUUGUAGAUUUUCUGCUUUUCACAAUCAAUAAACCAUAAUCAUCAACUCA